AUGUCAAGCAACACUCGCCUACUCUCAAACAGCUCCCAGGACGACGAGCGCCCCCGAAAACCAUAUAACAUAUACUACUCAAUCCCAUGCUACAAACCAUUCUUCUACUCAUACAUAUUUGUUGGAUCAUUCACUUUCGCCUGGAUAACCGACUACCUCCCAAAAGUCGGCCAAAUAUGUCUCUGGGCCGGGUUCGCCAUAACAUGCGGACUACUCAUCGCCAUACACCCAUCAAUCUACACCGAGCGGAUAAGAUCAGAUGAGAUGGGAAAAUCAGUUCGAGUACGUCGUCCGCUGAUCGGGUUCAAAAGAUGUGAGAUCCCUUUGGACAUCGAGGGCAUUGAUAAUGGGCUAUACGAUGCUGCGGAUGGGAACACGGACUCGAGACUUCAUGAUGGGUGUCGGUAUGGAUAUGCUAGGAUUCGUAUUUAG